AGUGGCACACACGCACAUAACCAUCAUCAUCUACACCACACUAACCAGGCUGAAAAUCUCUUGUCCUGGCACGUUUUCAUUCAUUUGAAAGGAAAGAUGGGUUAUAGAAUGGUAGUUAUGUACAUGGAGAUUGGCUGCUUCGUGGUGUGCGUUUCCGGUUGGAUUUUGGUGUGCUCCACUAUGCCUACGGAGAUCUGGACCUGGUCUGAGGUGGGAAGCAUAGUCCUGACCACCUCCAACUACUUCUCCAACUUGUGGAAGGAUUGCGUGUCCGAUUCUACCGGCGUGUCCGACUGCAAGGGGAUCCCGUCCUUGCUUGCACUCAAUUGGGACAUCCAUAUGUGCCGCGCCCUCAUCAUCACUGCUAUCAUUCUGGCUUUCUUCGGUUCCAUUCUGGUCAUGGUGGGAAUGAAGUGUACUAAAAUUGGCGGCUCAGAGCUGGCCAAAGCAAGAGUGACUUUUGCCGGGGGGAUGAAUUACCUCUUUGCCGGGUUGUGCUCUAUGACUGCUUUCUCUUAUUACGGCAACAAAAUAAGAGCAGAAUUCCAGGACCCCAAUUACAAAGAACAAAAGUUUGAAAUCGGUGUUGGCGUGUUUAUCGGCUGGGGAGGCUCCACGUUACUGGUGGUCGGAGGUUUAAUUUAUAGUAUCUUUGCAGGGAGGGAAGGCUGCCAAUCAAGUUACGAAAGAGACCCUGCCUACAUAUUCCCUGAUCCCUACAUAGCCGUGCCUACGAAGAAAGCGGCGCUCACAAACACGAGCGGGAGUAAGAAAGCACCAAGCAGUCGUGCUAGUAGGAGUAUCAGUAGGAGUAGUCAAAGUCGGAGUGGAGCCAGCAGCAGCAGCAGUAGUAGUAGUAGUGGUCUCUCUGGAGUGACCAGCAGCACUGGCACAUCUCCAUCAAAUGCAUACGUUUGAGUUGGCUAAGAUUGCCAACAAAUAAAAUCAGAUUUGUCACCCGAAAUUUACAUACGAUUGUUUCCAAUUUUUUUUUUAUCCUCACACCUGCUUUUUCAGAGGCAAUAAGCUACAGUGCUAUUUGUAAAAAAAAACAUUAAAAAGCAAAAAAAUUAACGCAACAUAGGUAACUUUUCAACUUUUAUAAAAUAUUUUCAUAACAUUUGUGAUAUGUCAACUGACAAAUAGUUGAAUGACACCUCUUUUAAAUCUUGAGGGAGUCUGUAUCGCUUCCCUUCACUUCCCUCUUUCCACAUUCGUUAUAAAGACGGAUGUCAAUGCUGACGCUUUCACGCGAAUUCUGCAAAGAUGGCAGAGCAACAAAAGAGACAAAAAGUUUUGUCCGAGGAGACAAAAGAAAAAGAGAGGCUACCAGGCUAAAAGAACAGUCAAGAAUAAACAUUGGCUGGCUUUCACUUGCUGCCGUGACCCCUCCCCCCUCAGCUGACCUCGUCAACGCUGAGGGCCAGUAGGGGAAUAAGGUACGAAAUCAAACCUUUCUGAUAUUCAACAGCGUCAUAUGCUAUUGUUGAGCCACAAGUGCAUCCAUUACCUCAUUACUAUUCAUCCUUCACACAGCCACUGGAAACAGAAAUGUCAUUUAAUCGAUCUGCGGGUGACCGGGAGAUCAGGAUUUUACAACACUGUGCGCUGGUCCUCAUGGGAAACACAGUCUUCCCUAAGGCAAAACACUACCGCUUUUGUCCACCUUUGUUGCCAAAAUCGACCAAAACUGAAAAGUUAACUAGUAUUGCUUAAAACCUUUCAUCCAUUAAUUAUGAUUUUUUUCAAGCCCUUACAGACAUUUAACUUAUUAGCUGCAACUGCCAUUGACAGCGCUAGAUGUCCAAUCUAUUUUGAGUGGGAGCGGCGAAUGAACGAAUGUCAGAACAGUCAAAAUGGAUUCGAUGUCUACUGCCGUCAGUGGCACCAAAAUAUGAGCAUUCACAGCCGCCAGUCUUCCUGGGUUAAAAUAAUUGGAUGUCUUUCACCAUCAAUGGCAUGCAAUGAGUUAAAUAUUAUGAAAAAUUACAAAGAAAACAAUGUAUUCAUUUAUAAAGAUUCUUACAUUUAGAAACACAAACUAUCAUAAAAAGAGUUAUAAUUAAAAGUUAUAUGUAAUGUAAAUUAAUACCGUAUUUUUGGGAUUAUAAAUCACUAAUCAUAAGCCGAAAGAGGCAUAAUAACGAAGAAAGAUAAAUACAUCAGAGUGUAAGUCAUAUUCUUACCGGGUAAUUCAUUCAAAACAAUUCAACUUCAGAUACUAUACAGACUUUCCAAUUUGAGAACAACUCAACUGGAACAGCAGUUGCUUUGAUAGACUGCUCUUCAGUGUUAUAUACUGCACAAUUCCAAGAUAAAUCACCAUGUUGAACACAGCACACAGGCAGGUGAUUACUGAACAUACAACUCUCAGCGACAGUGCUGUACCAAAUUACCCAUCAACCUUUGCAGGUGGAACAGACCACUAAGAAAAGCCCCAUGCCCACCAGCAUGCAUUCCGGUGCUUCGGAUGAAAAGAACGUUUAACAUUUAUGUUCUGUGCUAAUUAUCACUUCGGUUACUGUUCAAGUUGUUUCAUCCCUUGUGAGUUAUGCUACUUAGUUUGUUGUUUAUGUGAUAAUUUCCCUUUUGGUAUGACAAUGUAGCUGUGCAUAAUCUGAGUUCUUUGAGUUAAUGACCAGCCAAUAGGUCCCUCAAAGUUGUGGAUGUUAAUGCAAGUUUGUUCUUUAGAUCAGUGGUCCCCCAGCAUUUGCUACUGAGCCACAGAGAAAUAAAUAAUUUAUUAACGACUGCAAUCUGGCCUGUGGCUCUUGGCACAUCAAUAUCCCUGUCUACUCUAUAGACCAGGGGUCCUCAAAUACAAAUAUUGAAGGUCCACAAUGAUUUUUUUCAUACAAGCAUGGGUCCAUUUAUUAAUGUCGGCCCAGUACAAGGCAGGUCGAAGGUGAUAAAGGUGGUUUUAUUUUGACCAAACAAAAAUACAAUGUACAUUCUGAUUAAAUAAUAAAUAAAAUACAUAAAUAAUAAUGAAGAAAAUAAUAAAAGAAAUUAACAAAACAUUUUUGACUUAAAAUAAAAAUACAACAAAAAUGCAAGUACAAUGUUUACACAUGUACACAACAUAAUUGACAAGAUGUGUCAUUAAGGUGCAAACAAUAACUAUUGACAGUACAUUUUGUAAUUGUAAAACACUGCCAGACAAAAAAGAAAAUAUGUGCAAGUAGUACAGUACAUGUUCACUUGUUCAGAACAUAAAUGACAAGCUCUGUCAUUAAAGUGCAAACAUAAUUAUUGACAGUAACUUUAACUGUAAAACACUACUCAAUGAGAGAAAUGGCAUUUGGUGGUCACAAAGCUGUUUAGUCACAUCAUCAGCCAGUACUUCAGUGAGUGUUGUGGUUGAUAAAUCUGAGAGUGAGAUUUGUUUUGAUUUUUGUUGUCAUUUUGUCCUUUCCUUUCCUUUUGAACGUUUCUGUCAUCACUUCAAUCAUACACUCUUUUAUUAUUUCUUCAUCAGGGAAUGACUUCUUUUGUUUGGCCAACACACACGACGCUCUGAGUGAGCACUCCGUUGCAAUUUGUUGUUGUGUCAUAGAUUUGACAACAACCUUGCUUGACUCUUGAUAUGACUGCUUCAACCAGUUAAUUUCUUGCCUUCUCAAUUCUGAUUUAGGAGGAAACUUAUCUUCAAAAGAGCUGUGCUCUUUAACACAAUGGAGUUUCAAAUAUUCACGUUUUUAUCAGAGCAACUGUCUUUAAGCAUUUUAAGCACAUAUGUUUUGUACUUGCAGUUGGUAAAAUGGACGCAUAUUAACAGCAAUUUUCGUUGUCCGUUUUUCUUCUCUUCGUCAACUUUGAGCAUGCCAUUUUGUUAGAUUCGGUCUUCUACUGGUGGCAUGUGUGGUGAACGUUGCUUAAAGUUGUGA